AUGCAUGCUUGUACUUCUGAAAAUGAUUCAAUUAAUAAAUCUGGAUCUCUUUAUGAUCCAUCUGAUUCAAAAACGGACUCAGAAGAAGAAUCUGAAUCAGAGAAAGUUAAUAAAUCAAAGGAAGAAAAUACUAUGUCUUCAGUCGAGUGCAAUUCUUCUUUAGAUUUAUCAAUUAAAUUUUCUUCAUCUUUUAAUGUGCCUGGCAACUCAGCAUGCGAUGAUAAAGGACUAACCACCGAAUCAUCGCAAUUAAAAAAUAUAAAAAAGCAUUUUUGUUUCUAUUGCAAAAAAUUCCAUACUCAAAUUGCAAGACACUUGGAAAUGAAGCAUGCAUUAGAAGAAGAUGUACAAGAAUUUAUGAGCUAUAAAAAAGGGUCUUCUGAAAGAAAACGAGCAAUAUCAGUAAUAAGAAAAAAAGGGGAUUUUGAGCUUUUAGUAAAGAAAAAUUUAAAUAAAGGAAAAAUAGUUGUUCCUGUUAGGAGACCAGUAGAUAAGGAUAAGUGUUUAGCUACAAAAUUUGCUGUGUGUCCAGCUUGUAAAGGCUUAUACACUAAAAAUAAUAUUCGUCACCAUAUUGCUAAAUGUCCUCAGCAUGAGAAUAAUAGUAGCAGAGGUAUUAUGACUAAUUUUCGUAUCGCCGUUGGUCGUGUUCAUCAAAAAGCGUGUAUAGUUCUAAGACAAGAAGUUAUACCUCACAUGGCUGAGGAUGAUGUUAACAAAAAUUCUAAAAUAACUGAUUUCGCGUCAUUAUACGAUCCUGUUCAUUAUCAUUUUUUAAUCGACUCAAUUGAUGAAUUUGCAGGAAUGAAUAAGCGUACAGGCCACUACAAAAUCGCGGGAAAUGCUACAGAAAUAACUAAACACAUUAAAAAAAUUGGUGAACUUCUUCAGGCCGAAUAUAUAAUAGAAAAUGAUGUAGAAAAAAAAACAAAAGUUGAUAAUUUCCUGAGUUUAUGUAAAUUAGGAUUUAGUAACGUUAUUAAUAAGACAGCGAUGGAAACUCUCGUUGCUCGUCAGCGUGAGAAAGUUAUUGAAUUACCAUCGACAACAGAUAUUCUACACUUAAGUCAAUAUUUAGAUGCUUUAAUCGAUAAAUACUACAAGGAUUUAAAGAAUGGUAUUCGUAUUAUUCAUGGCGAAAAUGAUGAAGACUAUAAAAAUCUAACUGCAGACGAACAAAAAGCAGCCCAAGAAUAUGUCAGAAUUGUGAUUCGUGGCAAACUUAAUAAAAAUGUUCCCAUAUUACUUACAAAAUCUUGGUAUAAAGCUAUAAAACUUAUUAUCCGACACCGUCAUAAUGCUGGUGUGAGUAAACGAAACCCUUACGUUUUUGGUCUUGAUGGACUCUCUGAUCAGUCUUUUUUAUCAGCUACAAAGUUACUAAAUGAAUUUUCAAAAAAAUGUGGCGCUGAUAAACCAGAAACUUUACGUGGGACCCCUCUUCGUAAGCAUGCUGCGACAAAAUGCGCUCAAUUUGGACUAGAUGAAGCAAAUACCGCGAAUUUUGCUAAAUUUAUGGGCCAUGACAUUAAUAUACAUAAGAAUGUAUAUCGACAACCAGUUGUGAAGACAGACAUAUUAGGGAUUUCCAAGGUCUUAGAGAGAGCUCAAAAACCUGUUGAAGUUUCUACUAUGAAUGAUAUUAUCGCGAGUGAAUCGCCAGUGAUGUACAAUGGUGACACGACCGAUGAUCCGAGGACAAUUGAUCCGCGACAAUUGAUCCGUCGACAAUUGAUCCUAACGACAAUUGAUCCGUCGACAAUUGAUCCUAGUGACAGUGAAAUUAUAGGUAAACUCCCAGAACACAAUCAUAUUGCCAAUGUAACAACUAUUGAGGCUAAAAAAGUUAAUGUACAAUUAAAAAAAAAAGGCUAA